AUGGCUUGGAUUUAUCACAUGCUCAACAGCAAAGCAAAGAAAGAGAGUAUAGUACGUGAACUAAGUUACACAAUGGUUGAUUUACACGGUCAACAUGUGUUGGUGACAGGUUCGGCUGGUGGAAUCGGUUUAGAAGUUGCAAAAUUACUGUUAGAACAUGGUGCUAAUGUCUCAUUACAUUAUAACAAAUCAUUUGAUACUUUAGAACCGUUAGUUGAACAGUAUCCAAAUAAUACGUUUACUUUUUCCGUCAACGCUGAAGAUGAACAAGCGAUCAUUUAUGGUAUCGAGCAAACUUACUCUAAAUUUGGUGUUAUCAAUGUGGCUAUCAUUAAUCAUGCCGUAUUUGGUGCUGAAGAUGUGCCAAUAUGGGAAAUGUCGUUAGAACAAUGGAAUCGUAUUAUAAACCUUGAUUUAACAUCCUAUUUUCUCUAUACCAGAGAAUGGUGUAAACAAUUGGUGAAGUACAAACAAGAGCACAUACAUUGGCUCACCAACGAUAAACUAGAAGCAUUUAAUGCUAGUUUAAUACUGAUUGGAAGUACAGCGGGAAAAUUUGGUGAAGCCAAACACAUUGAUUAUUCAACAGCCAAAGGUGCUCUUCAAUCAGGUUUUAUCAAAUCAUUGAAAAAUGAAAUUGUUGAAAUAUUCCCCUAUGCACGAUGUAACGUGGUGGCACCUGGUUGGGUUGAAACACCAAUGGCUAAACAAUCGUUAAAAGAUGGAAAACAUUUGAAAACAUUGAAAACGAUGCCCAUGAAAAAAAUAGCGACAACACAAGAUAUUGCACGACAAUGUUUACAUUUAGCCGAUCGAAUGACUAGUGGUCAUACAACAGGUCAAGUGUUAAUGAUCGACGGAGGAAUGGAAGGAAGAGUCACGGGAGAAAAAUAG